AUUCACAACAUCUAAAACUAUUAUUUGAAUUUCAACACCAGCAAGUAUUUGUUUAUGGAUGGACUGGCGAUGUGUCCAGGGUCCAUCAGCAGCUCUCACCACCCCGCUAUAUGUGUAUAAUAAUUAAUGGAAUGGAUAGAUGUGUUCUUAAUGUAAUGUACAUUUGUCUCUAAAAUAUUAAUUUAAUUUGUUUUAUGACUUUUGUUUGGGAUAGUUAGGGUGUAAAGAUAGAUAAAUACAUCUCCAUGAUUCCUUCUUUUAGAUUGUUUGUUAAUAUAAUUUUAACAUCCGAAAAGAAAGAUUUAAUAAACGUAAUAUAUAACGUAUCUCAUUUCCUUAACGUUUAAUUUGUAAUUAAUUUUAAAUGUUAAAAGUGUUAUUGGGUGUUUUGAAAAGUUUUGAAAGUGUAAGUUUUGAAAGGGGUAGUCAAAUAAAAUGCGUUAUUAUUAUAAUUAUGAAAACACGGCGCACCCUUCAUUUCCUUAUUAUUGUUUAUUGUAGAUUGUUUGUUACUAAUGUAAUUUUAACAUCCGAAAAAAAGAUUUAAUAAAGAUAAAAAAGCGGACAUACCACGUGACUGACAUACCACGUGACUGACAUACCACGUCACUAACAUAACGUAACACGUGGUAUGUCAUUUCCUAAUUAGUAAUUAAUUUUAAAUGUUAAAAGUGUUUUUGGGUGUUUUGAAAGGCGUUGUGAAAUAAAAUGCGUUAUUAUUAUUAUAAUUAUUAAAACACGGCUGGUACAGGAAAUGGUGUCACUGGCGCCCCCUUCAUUUCCGGAAUGUAAUAGUCCAAUUUCCAUAUAAGGUAUGAGACUGACAGUGGUCCGUCACCGCCCCUUUCCGCAGGCUGCAGCGAAGUGUACUUGCUCUGCUAGGCAUAUUAGCUGGAGCGGGGAAGUGUGAAACAGUAGGACGCGAUGAGAGGAGCAGAGCUGCUGAGAUGAGAUGAAAACCCGUCUUGUGUGAGAUCUAAACUGUAGAUCUGGCCUAACUUCCUGAAGGACUGGUGUGGGCAUUUCUCCAGCAAUAUUUCCUGAACCUUUUUUCUUCUUCUUUAUGUUCCUGCAUCUAUAUGUAACUCGGCAGCACCUGCACGUUGUAUUCAAAGCAUUAACAGCCAGGAUGAAGCCUGAUCAUAAGGAUGGAGGCCAAAAUCAGAAGCGAGAACAAGACUUUUAUCUGGGAUGCCUAACCAAGAAAUGGUUGAUAAUGUUAUCAACUGCUGUUGGACUUCUUAUCCUGGUCAUCAUUAUUGUCCCUGUUGUGAUUCUCACCAGACCAGGAACCAAAGCUCCUGUUCCGCUGUUUCCUACUGAUGGAGACAUGCUGGACUUCCUGGUUCAGUCAGGUGAAAUCAGUGAACAAGAUGGUCUCUUGGCAACCUGGUUCCACCGAGCCAACAGCAAGGAGCAAAUGAACAUGGCUCUUGCAUCUGAUGUUAUGAUCCUAGAGGCAGACGUUACUCUGGAGGGUUAUGGAACUCCUGAUCAGAAUCCAGUACCGAUCAUGGCUCACCCUCCUGAUGUUUAUAGUGACAACACCCUGGACCAGUGGUUGGAUGCUGUGUUGGACUCUAGAAAAGGCAUAAAACUUGACUUCAAGGCUCUGGACUCUGUGGGUUUCUCUCUGGACCUGCUCAAGCAAAAGAACAGCAGCAGAGGAAUAAACAGGCCUGUGUGGCUCAAUGCAGACAUCCUUCGAGGUCCCAAUGUACCAAACUUUGUGUCUCCAGUCAAUGGAACCAGAUUUCUUCAGUUGAUUCAGAAGACAUUUCCAGAUGUGACUUUGUCUCCUGGAUGGAUGGUUCUCUAUAUUCCUCAAAUUGCUAUUGGAACUUAUUCCAAAGAAAUGGUGGAAAACAUGUAUCAUCUGAUCAAAGAUGUCCCUCAGAAGGUGACGUUCCCAGUCCAUGCUCUGCUGGUCCACAGAGGAUGGCAGCACAUCAGCUGGCUCCUCAACCAGUCACCAAGGUUCAGCUUGACUCUGUGGCAGGGUUCAGAUCAUCCAACCGUCAGGGACCUGUUGUUUGUCCGGGACAACACCCAACCUGCACAAGUCUACUACGACAUCUAUGAACCUACGCUGACAGCGUUUAAAGAGGCCGCAAGAAACCGCAGUGGUGUUCGGAGGUUUUAUCCUGGAGGAAACCUGAUGGACUUUCUUUAUCCAGUUCACAACUGGAGCAGCAGCUUCCUUACUGAUGUCACCCAGCGCAGCAGUCUGGGAGUGCGCUGGUUUUCAGUCGCUGAUGAGGCCUUCCUGCUGGCGCGGCUCUCAGAUGAGGAUGGUGGGAUGCUGGUUCUUCAUGUAGUUUCUGACAGAAAUCAGCCUGGAGUUCCUGUGCUGGGAGGUUCUGGGACCAGCUCUGAGCCCUUCACACUUCAGCGUGUCUUUGAGCUGCUUGGGCAGAGGACUGAUGCACCCUGGGGAGUUUAUCUUCGGGUUCAUGGUCAUCAGCUUCUGGAAGCUUCCCUCAAACUGCUGCAGGCCGCUUACUCUGCAGAGGAACUCUACAGACCCAUCUGGAUCAGCAUGGAGAGUUCCCAAAGCAGCUACAGCACAAAUGAUUUUGUGUCCACAGUGGAGGAGUUGUUUCCGUAUGUCACUGUGGUCUUGGCUGAGCAGAACUGGCCUCCUCUGAUCCCAGCUUCACUGACAGGCCUGUCCCAAAGGCUGGCUGUUCACCUCACCGCAGCAUCACUGCUCAAAGAACCACAGGAACUUCCCUCCCUGAAGGAGAGGAACCAGUGUGACUUUGUAGUGGAGGUGGACAUGGAGGACACUGCAGAAACAUUUAGAAUUAUGAAGAAGCUCAUGGCCCAACAGGGAGGAAAAUCAAAAGCAAAUCUCUACAUGAUGACUAGCAAAUAAAAGAAACUAUCUGACACAAACACAACCAUAUGAGGUUGGACCUUCUCAUCUAGCAUGAUGGAGAUUAUCUUUAGUGUCAGCGAGGAGUUGUUUGCUUUAUUUCUUUUCUCUAACCAUUAAC